AUGCAAAGUGAAGAUGAAGAUAACAAUCAACUUGCAGAAGAAUGGGCACUCAAAGCAGCACAAUUAGGCCAUGUUGAAGCCAUGUAUUGGUUAGGUGAAGGCUAUGCUUAUUAUGCAAAAGAUAUCCUUGAAGAAGAUCCUAAAGAAGCCAAGGCUUAUUUUGAACAUGCCCACCGCUGGUUAGAGCAAGCGGCCAAACAUCAGCAUCCUGCUGCGAUUUUAGAGUUAUCCAAUUUCUAUCGUCGUGGCGAUGUGGUUGAAAAAGAUCUGGUGAAAUCAGUAGAGCUGGUUGAGCAAGCAGCAAAACUGGGUGAAGUUCAAGCCAUGCGUGAUCUUGUUUGUAUUUAUGAACACGGGAUGGGGGUUGAGGUUGAUGAAGAAAAAGCUGAUUUUUGGGCUGAAAAAGCCAAGUCAGCUGAAGACACCUCACAGAUUGAAACGUUGGCUCGACGAUUCGGUCAGACCUUCGUGCUGAUCAACAACGGCAUCCGCGAACUGAAUGAUCAAUAUUUUUUUAAUAUAAAGGAGAUCGUGAUGAACGCGGUUAAUGCUUCAUUUACAGAUUAUAAAGUUGCAGAUAUUUCCCUCGCUGACUACGGUCGUAAAGAAAUCAAACUUGCUGAAGCAGAAAUGCCAGCGUUGAUGGGCUUACGUAAACGUUAUUCAGCAGCAAAACCUCUUGCUGGCGCAAAAAUUCUUGGUUGUAUUCAUAUGACCAUUCAAACUGCUGUUUUAAUUGAAACACUGGUUGAAUUAGGCGCAGAAGUACGUUGGACUUCAUGUAACAUCUUCUCAACUCAAGACCACGCAGCAGCAGCAAUUGCAGCAUCUGGUGUUCCAGUAUUCGCUUGGAAAGGUGAAACUGAAGAAGAAUACAUGUGGUGUCUUGAACAACAAAUCAAUGUUAAUGGCACACCUUGGGAUGCCAACAUGAUUCUUGAUGAUGGUGGUGAUUUAACUGCUGUUGUUCAUGAAAAAUAUCCUGAACUUAUUGCUAAAAUUCAUGGUAUUACAGAAGAAACUACAACGGGUGUUCAACGCCUAAACGAAAUGUUCCGUGAUGGUACUUUAAAAGUUCCUGCAAUUAACGUGAAUGAUUCAAUCACAAAAUCUAAAAACGACAAUAAAUAUGGCUGCCGUCAUUCAUUAAAUGAUGCAAUCAAACGCGGUACAGAUAUGUUGUUAUCUGGUCGUCGUGCGCUAGUAAUUGGUUAUGGUGAUGUUGGUAAAGGUUCUGCUCAAUCACUUCGCCAAGAAGGUAUGAUUGUACGUGUAACUGAAAUUGACCCAAUCUGUGCAAUGCAAGCAUGUAUGGACGGUUAUGAAGUUGUUUCUCCAUAUAAAAAUGGUGUACAAACAGGUAAAAAAGAAGACAUUAACCUAGACCUUCUUCAAAAUACUGAUUUGAUCGUAACAACAACUGGUAACUACCACGUAUGUGAUUCUGCAAUGUUAGAUACAUUAAAAGCAGGUUCAGUGGUGUGUAAUAUCGGACACUUUGAUACUGAAAUCGAUACAAACUAUUUACGUGGUUACAAGUGGGUUGAAGUUAAGCCUCAAGUACACCAAGUGUAUCGUACAGAAAAUGAAAAUGAUUACCUGAUUCUUCUUUCAGAAGGUCGUUUGGUUAACCUUGGUAAUGCAACAGGUCACCCUUCACGCGUGAUGGAUGGUUCUUUUGCGAACCAAGUAUUAGGUCAAAUGCACUUAUUCGCAGAGAAAUUUGCUGAUCUUCCAGAAGAUCAAAAAGCAGCACAGAUCCGUGUUGAACUGAUUCCUAAGAAAUUAGAUGAAGAAGUUGCUGCUGCAAUGGUUGCUGGUUUUGGUGGUGUAUUGACGCAAUUGACUCAAGUUCAAGCAGAUUACUUGGGCGUUGCAGUUGAAGGUCCAUUUAAAUCUGAGGCUUAUAAGUACUAA